GAUUCGACUUGCAUCGUUGACAGAUGAAGAAGAAGCCAGAUUAAAGGAUCAAAAGUCAGAAGGCCUCGUUUCCGCUCGACGAGGUGUAUUGUCGAAAGCCGACUGGGGACGACGGCUAGCGUCCUACGACACAGUUGUCAUUGGAGGAGGCCCGGGUGGAUACGUCGCUGCCAUCAAAGCCGCCCAACUAGGCCAAAAA